AAUUCAAGUUGUUGUUUAGUGAUUGGAGAAACAGUUCGUCUGCUAACUAGCCAUAGCGGCGAAUUGUCAACAGACGAAAGAGCCCGGUGCCGCGGUACUGCAACUAAGGUGCAGUAUUAAUUCUAUCUCAGUGAGUGCUGACAGAAUCUUCGGAGUUAGGAGGGUGCCUUGCAUAGCUUUUCCGUUUUUGGCCAAGUGGCAAAAAUGGACACGUCAAAAACGAGCUCGAUCAAAAGCCUCCUAAUGCAGGCCUGGCGGGAGAGGUGGAGCGAUGUCUUGUGGGGUAUUAAUAUUAAAAACGUCCUUCCUAGGGGUGUUUCUGGAGACGUGUAUGAUUUAGCUGACUGUAUUCUACAGCAAGCCUUGGUAGGGCCCGGCCCGAACGAGUUGUUUAUGUCGUAUCUCACGCACUGCCUGUCUUCGCAGGUUAUAUCAUACGGAGCCACGUUUUCAUCAGUGGCGCGGUUCGACGCGCUACACAAGGCGCAAUGUUUACAGUCGCUCUUGGACCUUGUCGUUGGUAUGGAACAGCGGGUCGUAUGUCCAGGCAACGAAGAGGAAUGUAUUGCGUUGUGCAAAUCGACUGUAAGCAUUGCGCUGUGGCUAUACAACUGCAUGUUAUACGCAGCUGCCAAACAGGAACCGGCAUACGUUCAGAUACUCGAGAUGAGCGCAUCGUCAUUGGCUUUCUUUAGUCAAAACACAUUUCUCAAGGCCCUCCUGUACAUUGGUCGCUGUGAGGAAAAAGGAGCGUAUCAGUCACUCCUCGAACGGCAUGCUGAGGCUCAGCAGAAACUGGCGGGGGUUCAGGGAGCUGCUCGAGAGACUAUCGACGUCGCCUUAUCACUUGUGAAUCGGCUUGACGAGAUGAACAGGAUUCCGUCGGAACAAAGCCCACGGAAGCCUAGUGCUGUGAUUGGCCUCGUAGCCAACGUCACAGUCGAGGCAAUUUUAAACCCAUGCAAUUCUGCUAACAAUGUCGCCGACGCCCUGCAGUUGACGCGGAAACUGUUGAACAUUCCCGGGCCCGUCUUCUACUCGGAAAUUAUUCGUUCGUGUGUAAUGGGCUUAUCAGAUAGCAUAUACAUAUCGGAUAGCAGCCAACAGAUUAAUAACCUACGAUGGUCCGAAUUCACGUUUCUCAAGUUACCUGUAAUUCUUGAAAAGGUUGGCAAGAAUGAUCUCGAUCUCUUGAAGGGUAUCGACAUGGUCCUUUCCUGUAAGUCUCUGCUAGAUGCCGCUGACGAGAAAUGCAAUAUCGACUGUAUGGGCCUAAUCGUCAACGAAUUGAGCAAAGUAAAUGUAAUUGGCGAAGCGGAUGCGCAAGAAAUACGGUCGAAGCGACAGUCAAGGCAUAAGAGUGAUGGACCUAAAGAGGGCCCGUCACCUGCACCAAUUUUGAUCUUGAAAGCGGAGCCGACUCUACAAAAUGUCCUAGGCAUGCUCGACAACGGCUGCAAUCCCGAAGCACUAUUAUCUGUGCUGACCCAAAUGCUUCGCGAGUCGAAAUUCGAGUUAAUUGUGUCUGCUGCUGUUGGUACAGGUAAACUGAAUAUUUUAGUGCAAAAAUUGAUAAAUAUCAAUAAUCAGAAUAACGCGUUCGUCACCGAAAGCGGAGAAACUCGAGCCAUCCUAUUCGAUAUUACCUUUCUAAUGUUGUGCCAUAUUGCGCAGACCUUCGGUGUGGACUCAGUCGUAAGGGAAGAGACAAAAGACUCCGUUUUUGCGCAGUGGGUACCCGACUGUCUAGUGCAUCCGAACCGGUACACAUGCCCAACAAAAUUUCUUUCCAAGGCAAAUCCCGAAAAGGUGGAGCUUCUUCUGCACCAGAUGUUGAGCGCUGGUGAGAAGAAUGAACCGUUAGAUUUUCGAACAACACACCAACAAUGGUCAGAUCUGCUUUACGAUGUGCCAGCUGCAGUGAAGGAGAUUCUCAAAGGCUGGCAAGAGGAAACACUCGCAACGCACAUGGUAAAAUCGAUUAUGCAGCAGAUCAAGUCGAAAAUGUGCUUCCCAGCCGUCUGUAUUAGCGCUUGGCUCAGCUGUCAUAUUAACAUACUCCACUGUAAUGACCAACUAAAGCCGAAGAACGUCAUGUUAAUAUAUGGCUUGCCGAACGUCGAUGAUAGCUCAGGCGUACUUGACUACUACAAGUACGCCCACGAAAUGAUGGUGUCGAUUGUAAAGAAGAUGAUGUACUACUUUGUUAGCCAGAAAGGUCAGAAAAAUACGAGCGCACUUGUAGAGAAAACGCCUCUAUGGACAGCUGUGGAGGAGAUUUUCGACAAUGUGCAUUCAGGCGCUUGGAUUGAUAUUACGACGAUUAAUAGUCUUAACGGUAUCUUAGAUACGGUAGGACCGGUUUGGUUCUGUGACGCACUAAUACGCCACGCGUUGAAGUACCAACAUCAGGACGAUUUAAAUUGCGCAAUUGAGCUCGCGUACGGAUUGUUUCAAAUUGACGUACAGUUGUGCGCUUUGGCACUUCUUACCAACGUUCUGCCUAACUACUUAUUAUGGGAGAGCAAGCAGGAUUUUCUUACCGAGCCAAAGGGAUCGGCGCUUGCGAAGCUCGUCACCCUAACAACAAUAACCGCGCUGACUCUGCGCCGAAAUUGUGGCACCAACGGAAGUUCAGAUCUGCGCAAGACGUACGCGGUGUGGGAGAUGAAACUGCAGGAGUCGCUGCUAAAUCAUUCGAAAUCGAAAAACAAGAAUCGUCGCAUGAACACCGAUUUGGAAAGUCUUGAGGAUACGCCGUAUGCUCUACAGUUUCAUAAUAAUGAGGAUUCUCUAGAACCAUUGGAUCGUGCUAUUGCUGAACUUUUUCGCCUACUAUAUUCAAUCGCUACCGAGCCCGUGAUCAGCCAGCGGUCAUUCUUCCCGUUGGAACUAUUUCGUCAAUUUGUGACGUGCGGCGACCCGAUCGUUGCUUCGCAAGUACUGCAGUUCUUGCCGUUGGGCUUUAUCUCACAGCUUGUCCGCGCUAUGCCGCAGUCAUUAAGUCCGAGUCUAGUUCUCGCACUCUCUUCAUUCACAACUCCCAGGACCCGUAAAGUUGUUGCGAGAGCAAUUUGUCAAUUACAAAUUACACAAGCUAUGAGUUAAAACGCAACGAAUUUGACAUUACUGGCCAACAAAAAGGUCUGUACAUAUGUAAUAUAUUAUGUAAAUCUAGUAGACCAUAAAUAA